AAAGUUAUGAGCCUCCAAAAGUUCAAAGUUUCAGUUGCUAAUGCAGUUAUUAAUGCAGAGAACACCAGCCUAGAGACAACGAAUACAGUCCAGUUGCUUGAUCUAUUCACAUCAGCCCAGACCAGCAGAAAGGGUGCUACUGUUUCAAAGAGCUCAGACAGUAGCUUUGACGGAGACCCAAAAUCAGUUGGUGGUGGGAAGGGGUUGAAAGCUAUACUUGGUGGACUAGAGGAACUUUGGGAUCAAUCACAGUACACAGAGGAAUACAAUCUCAACCAGUUUCAAGCAAAGCUUAAUGGAGCUUAACAGCUGAAUCUAAUCACAGCCAAUGUAUAAUGUGUAUUAGUUGUCUGUUGG